AUGCGCACAGCAACACACAUCGAGAACAUCGUCUGGGCCGAUGUCGCAAAUGACGGUCGAGUUUUGGCAUCCCGAGAUGAGCGAUAUCGAACGGUCUCGCCCGUAUCGCGACUAUAUCAAGCCCUGAGAAUGAUGCCUCAUCUGACGAGCCUACGCGUCUUCGACUGCCGCCAAGGACUACAAGCACCUGAUAAUUUGAGACUCCAUGGGCGUGUACAACUCCGAUCUGAGGAAGCUUUGUUCCCCAAUGAACAUGUGAGGAUGCGCCUUCAGAUAUAUGAGCUCCAUCACGAGCCUAGGAGUCGGUCCCUGCUCUUCGUCAAAGUCCAGCCCGACACCGUCCGGACCCUGCGCCUGUCCGGGAACUGUACCCUACCGAAUAAUCUCUCGACGACAUCUCUGCGCUCGCUGGUUUUGGAUACAGUUACAGGGUCUUAUCUCGACCUGAGAUCUCUACAUGAAAUUUUUGUCGGAGCAAACUUGGACGAUUUUGCAUAUCGCAUGGGCCAUCCGUUGGCGUUCGAAAUGCGCGACUCGCACCUCCACUCUCUUCCUCUCCUAGGACGCAAUCUUCGAAGACUCGUCUUAUUGGGCUGUAGUCGAUUUUCGUCGAUCUCCUUGCAGGAGGUGCUCGCUGGCCUUCACGAGCUAAAGCAUCUUGCUCUAGACAUAAUCACUGUGCUCGACUCGGAUCUGAAGCACGACUUCAUUUCGCCCCUUCCCGUGUCGCUCAUACGUUUCAAGUUCUCUAUCUCAAACGAGAAAUCGACCGUUGAACAUAUUGAAGAGGAGACGUUGCUCGCCAACGCUGUCGAGUUGCUACUCCGGCGCCGUAAUCCACCCAAACUCACGUACUUGCAUCUGAGGGACGCCAUCUUCGACCGGGGCGGGAGACGUACGCGUUUGCAGCAUAUUGCCAAGGCGCAUGAGGUCAGACUGGUGCUUGGGGACUGGAGGAACGAAAAUGACAUGUACGAUGAGGAGAUCAUGUAG